AUGGCGGGGCUAUUUCGAAAGGUGUACGACUGGUUGUUGAGGACAUUUUGGGCGACUGAGAUGGACGUGACCAUGAUUGGUCUGCAAAACGCGGGCAAGACUUCCCUUCUCCGCGUGCUCGCGGGCGGCGAGUUCACGAUCGACUCGAUCCCGACAGUCGGAUUCAAUAUGAAGCGGGUGCAACGAGGGCACGUUACACUGAAGUGUUGGGAUAUUGGCGGCCAGCCCCGUUUCCGGACGAUGUGGGAAAGAUACUGCCGCGGCGUCAACGCCAUCGUUUUCAUUGUCGAUAUCGCCGACAUGGAUGUGUUGCAGCAAGCCCGUGAGGAGCUUCAUGCUCUCAUGGGACAGGCGUCUUUGCGAGAAAUACCGCUUCUAGUCUUGGGGAACAAGUCGGACCUCCCACAGAAGUUGUCGGUUGAUGAGCUGAUCGAUGCUUUGGAUCUCAAGUCGAUAGGCCAUCGCGAAGUCUGCUGCUACGGGAUCAGCGCCAAGGAGGAGACCAACUUGGAUGCCGUGAUCCAGUGGCUCAUGAAGUGGGCGAACAGAUGA